GUUCUGCACUCCAGCUUUAAGGUCGAGCUGCAGUGAAUCAUCGCUGACAUUGAGACGUGUGUGGAGUAGCAGUACAGCUUCUGUAUUUGGAAAAAAAGGAAAAAAAAAGCUGUUAGGGCUAGUUCAGAUUCUCCCUGCAUGUCAUCCCUCUCUCGCCCCGUUAUUUAUAUAUUCUUUUUAACUGUCAGUUUUCCAAAAUAUGAUACGUUGCCACUGAGGGAUUUGACUUGUUGAUUUAGUGUGGAAACACCAUAAACCUCCCAUUACUGGUCCAUCUUUAGCAGCUGUUGCUUCACAAUUCAAAUUACAGCCAGAAGUCAGAAGGGGGAGCUGCAGACAACAGAGCACCCGUUCAAAGUCAUGUCUCAAGGACACUUUUCAACUGAGUCACUGUACUGUGUGUGCGCGCGCGCGUGUGUGUGUGUGUGUGUGUGUGUGUGUAUGUGUGUGUGUGUAUGUGUGUGUGUUGACAUGGUCUUACUAAGUAUUCUGUAAUAGCUUACGUUACAUAAUAUACCAAAACUAAAAACCAGAUUGUCAGAACUUAUUUUAUUUCUUUUACGCCUAAAUAGCACUUUAGGUGUGUGUAGAGACUAUUGAUUUGAAUCUCUGUGCCAGACUUUGGCAAAUAUUUAUGUACAACAGACAAUUGAGGGACGUAAUGAACUCUGACAGACUGAAGAAGUCCAGCGGAUGACAGCUAGUAGCAGCCUGCGUGUUCUCCUCCAACCGAGGAGGAUACACUGUGUCCUUCCCAGGCAGCAGCAGCAGCAGCAGCAGCAGCAGUACAACAACGUGUUGGUGACAGGUACAGCACCUGCUGCUACUCAGAUUGCGUCACCCACUUCUAGUGAGGACAUCGAGAGCAGGGAAAGGAGGAGCCAUCAAAGAGAGGGGAGAGCAUGAUGCAGUAUUCUCUGAAAUGAUCUAAAUAGAAAACCAGGAGAAAGGAAGGAGAACUGAAGACAGAAGAGUCCUGAUAUAGAGUCUGGUCACCUUGCUUAUUCACAGACAUCUCCAGCAUCCCCUCCUCACACACACACACACACACACACACACACACACACACACACACACACACACACACACACACACACACACACACACACACACACUGUCCUCCCGUCUUGUCCCUCCCUCCACCACAGAGCGCCGGGACGUCUAUCCGUCUGGAACCAGAGGGAAGACCUGGCAACGACAGUCGACGUGUCUCGUCAGACGAGCCUUAGGCAUCACCCUGUCCAUCGGUGUCCCCCUUCGCACAGCUCGCAGCCUUGGACGGACGUCCCGGCGUUCCCCCUUGAUCAAAAUGAAGAAGAGCGAUCAAGCUCACGCAGAGCAUCAGCACAGCGGCGAGGAGAAAGAGAGGGAGCUGUGGAGAGAAAAGGAGGAGAAGGAGCGGCAGCACAGGAGGGCUGAAAAGAAAAUGCUGGCUUUCUGGAUGUCCUUGUCCCACAAGACCAGGACACUCUUCAGGCCCCGUAAGAGACCGGGCUUCCAGCGGUCCACCUCGGCCGUCCGGCUGCUAAAGAGUGAGGCGUGAGGAGGGACGGUGUGUGUGCAUGUGUGUGUGUGUGUGUAUGUGGAGGUCUGUCAGUAGCAGAGUGCCAACAGAGGCCUCACAGACCUGCUGUCAAGUGGACCCUUGUGUGUGUGUGUGUGUGUGUGUGUGUGUGUGUGUGUGUGUGUGUCUAAAUAUGUGUGUGUGUGCUCUGUUUAAGUGGAUAAAAGCAGCUUCCUCCGACUAGUCCACCAUCUGCAAAAGUACUUUGUGUCGCUGCCCUACCAGUGCUGGAGUGACAGGGGAAGGGCACAACAAGCUUGUUUAGUCCCCCUGUCACAUUUAUUUGCAAAACUACUUUAAAGAAACCAGUUUUUUUAAGCAAAGAGCCAUCGGCUGUGAUUUUUUAACGAGCCUGGGUCAGGUUGAAGACAACUUGGGAACAGUCAAAACAGGAAAGCCAGUUAGUGUUCCCUCUGACGAAAUGGAUCAUUUCCAAAGGAGCAUCCUUCUCAAAUCAGCUUGACCGAUUCAGCCAAAAACUUGGAAGCGGAUUUUUGCGGCGUCCUUCCCUACCAACACUACAGCCUACAACCUGGCAGGGAUGAGUUAACAGGGAUCAGCCAUGGUGGUGACCCAACUUUCUCUGGAGCUGCGUUUCCGAGGGAAGAAGCUGAGGGGCUUCACGUGCAAAGUGACCCGCUUGGCCCACGGCUUACUGCCGGAGAGCUCUUGGAUCAUCGCCGCCCAGAUCCUUCUGCCGUACCUGUUGUCCGGCCUGGGCAUGGUGGCGGCUGGGAUAGUCAUGGAUGUAGUGCAACACUGGGAUGUGUUCAAGGAGAUCUCAGAGGUGUUUAUCCUGGUGCCAGCACUGGUGGGGCUCAAGGGGAAUCUGGAGAUGACAUUGGCAUCCAGACUGUCAACAGCAGCCAACACAGGGCAGAUGGAUGAGGCUCAGCAGCAGUGGAGGAUGGUGUUCUGUAAUCUGGCUCUGAUUCAGGUCCAGGCCACAGUCGUGGGCUUCCUGGCAGCUGUUGCAGCAGUGGGCCUCGGGGGUCUGACCAGGGGCAGAGUGGACGUUAUCCAGGCAGCUGUCCUCUGUGCCAGCAGCGUCACCACUGCUUUCAUCGCUGCACUGUCUCUAGGUCUGCUGAUGGUGGCAGUGAUUAUUGGAUCCAGGAAGGUGGGCAUCAACCCAGAUAACGUGGCAACACCCAUCGCUGCCAGCCUCGGUGACCUCAUCACUCUGUCUCUGCUUGCUUAUGUCAGCAGCCUCUUCUUCUGUUACAGAGACAUGUGGUACCUGCCUCCUGCGGUGUGUGGCUUCUUCCUGCUCCUUAUCCCAGCGUGGGUUAUUAUUGCCCGACGCUCUCCAGUCGUCAGCGACGUCCUAAAAUCAGGCUGGCAACCGGUCAUUUUGGCCAUGUCCGUUAGCAGCAUCGGUGGUCUGAUUCUGGAUAAGACCAUAGCCAAUCCAAACUUCGAAGGUAUGGCAGUGUUCACUCCAGUCAUCAAUGGUGUAGGCGGAAAUCUGGUGGCCAUCCAGGCCAGCAGGAUGUCCACCUACCUCCACUACUGGGGCGUUCCUGGAGCUCUUCCAUUUAUAAUGGGUGUGGACUGUCCUGGACCCUGUGCAACCCUCUGCUCCUCAGAUGUUAACUCUAAAUCAGCCAGAGUCCUGAUCCUUCUUGUAGUCCCGGGUCACCUCCUCUUCCUGUACACCAUCCACCUCCUGCAGGGAGCCCAUACUGCCAUGACGCCCACCUUCAUCGUCUGCUACCUGUCCGCAGCUUUGCUUCAGGUGGUGAUUUUGCUUUACGUGGCCAGCCUGAUGGUGCGAUGGCUGUGGCGAAGGGGACUGGAUCCAGACAACUUCUCUAUCCCCUACCUCACAGCUCUAGGUGACCUGCUGGGGACUGGUUUCUUGGCAUUGAGCUUAAGGCUGAUCGUGAUGAUCAGUUCUACUGGGACUGGAGUUUGACACAGACACACGAUCUUGUACACCCUGAGUGUACUGCUCUCUAGUAUAUGCAAGUGGCUGAAGGACACUUGCAAAGCUCUUGGAUUUAAGAAAGAAGGUGAGAAUUAAAGAACAACAAGAGGUUAAGUAUGGCGUUAUAUUUGUGCCUCAAUACUGAGCGUCCAAAUGGGACAGAAGAAUAUGUUUUGGCAAGCACAUAGAUUUAUGUUUUUGACAAAUGAUUGCACAAAGAAUAAUUUAGUUGAAGCAAACAAAGAUCUAUUCUGCGCUCAAUAAAGUAUUUUGCUAUUAUCCAUAUAAGGGCAUUUUUCUCAGUUUAACUUAUUUAGGGCCCUAUCUUGGACCUGGUGCAGCGCAAAGCUCGACGCAAGUGUCUUUGCUAGUUUAAGACCGACGCGGUUGUCAAUAUCCCGUCCAGCGCCCGCGUUGUUUAAAUAGCAAAUGCACCUGCGCCCAUCUGUGCGCCCAUGGGCGUGCUGGUCUUACAG